AGGGGGUGGAAUUUUGUUCCGCGUUCCCGAACGUCAACGUAACCCGUAUAAUAGGAACGAGCGGAAUCGGACCAUCGUGAACGGAGCAGCCGCACGCACUCGCCGUCGGAUUGUUUGUCAAUAUCCUCUCCUCCUCCACCUCCGACGCUGCUUAUCCUCCCGCGCUUCAAGGUACGUGCCUCGUCAUUCGCCAGUACGAUCAUCGACGAGCACGCUCGUUACGCUGGCAUGACGGACGAUCGACGGCGGAUUCGGUAGUGAAGAAAGCAGGGGAGAGAUCAUUGGAGAUCGUCACCACCAUCCAGCUCUGCCUCUUCUUCUUCUCGGCUCGCCCUUCGACACCCUUCGCGCGAGACGUUCCGUAAGAUUCCCUCUCCCACUCCCCCCUCCCCCUCCCCUCCCCCUCCGGUCGCCGCUGCCAGCCAGGACGCUGGAAUGCGCGAACGCGGUGAACCAGCGGACACUCGCGGUGGGACACGCGUGUAACGAACGGUAUUGACACGACACGACACGACGCGCGCGCGAGCGCACGUGCGUUGUACACGUAUACACGCGCGCGACGAUGCACCGACGAGCUCCAUCCGCCUCGCCGUUGGCAGGAUGCGCCGAUCCGUGACCUCGUCGCCGGCGGGACUCCGGGCUUGACGUGUCCGGGACGUCGCGUCGUCGCUUCGAGCGAGAAACUCCAGAAGAAGUUCCGGGAGGAACUCCUGCGGACGCCUUCGUUGUAGCGAACUGGACUCUGCACGAGUACGACAUCCGUCUCGAAACGCAGCGAGUAUCUCGCUUUGGUUGAGGAAAAUAUAAACAAAACAUACAAGCGUCGCUUGAUAGGAGAGUGACAUUGAGUCAAGUACAAUUUUAUUACACCGUAGGGGGGACAGGGAAAUACUGGACUGAACGUGUGGCACUAGAAAGAAUCUCCAGUGUCCAUCAGCGUGAACGAAUUCGCUAUCUGUGAACAUCGAGUGUAAAUAAUAUUCAUUAGAAGAAAAUGUGUAAUGUCAGAGUGAUACAAUAUAGAGACAUAGGUGGUCAAUACAGAGCGAUCAUUUAUAAUAGACUAUUAUGUAUCUCGCUUAGUUGAUGUACGGAACGUUGCCUUAGACAUUUGUCUAGCACUUUUAUUGCAUAUCCUUAGUCACGCUCUGUUGGAAAAUAUCCGGUGUUCACAAAACUGCUAAAUUUAAUGAGGCCGAAGGUGCCUCAAAAGAGGGGAAACUUUCUUUUGAGAAGGUACAGUGUUCUACGAUUGACUUCAACAAACAAUGAACCAUUCGGGAAGCGGAAAACGUCAGGCGAAGGUUUUGGAAGAAAAUUAUUGGGACUGCAGUGUCUGCACUUAUAGGAAUACAGCGGAAGCAUUUAAGUGCCUCAUGUGUGACGUCCGCAAAGGAACCUCUACGCGGAAACCCCGCAUAAACCCCCAAUUAGUAGCUCAACAGGUUGCGCAGCAACAAUAUGUACCACUUCUGAAACCAGGCAAGAAAGAAGGAAGUGGCGGUGGUAGCACGACCAGCGGCGUCAAGGAAAAGGAACGCAAACUGGACAAGCUAAGGCGCAAAAACAGGCAUCCGCCGCGUCUGAAAAAUAUCGACCGUAGCACCGCGCAAUCGAACGAGGUAACGGUCAACAAUGUUACCGUCACUAUCACGGAGUACAAGCCCAAGGUGAAAAAGGGCUCGGAUCAGUCGAGCAAUGCGAGCUCCGAGGGCGGGAGCCAGCACGAUUCGAAUCAGGACUCGAGAAGUCUCGAUGUAGGAACCGACGCCUAGUUUAAUGCUAAUGUUACAUAUGUGUGUAUGAAUUAUUCUAAUUAAUAUAUUGUAUGUAUAUGUCAACCUUUAUGGUCAACUAUACAUCCUCUAGACAAAAGCGACCACUGUUGACAGUCGCUCUUCUCUCGUUUGACUAUGCGUCGCAAGUUGUAUGACGAACCUAACGAGGUCAGGCAUUUUGUGCAGGAUUGGUAAAAAACAUGU